AUGUCUUCUAGUAAUUUUCAAAGUGACCUUGAUAUUGAGGAAGUAGAUGGACUUCUUGAUAUGUUGGAUGAACACAACCCUUUGGUGAAAGUUUUUCGAAUGGCCAGAGAUAGAUUUAAGGAAACUGAUUUUCAUCUAGUAAAAAUAAGGUUACUUGGAAAGCGUAAAGGAGAUAGUACACAAUAUAAUCUUCCAUCUGCUUCUGAAGUUGCAGCAAUUAUUGUUGGUGAUCGAAGCCAAUCAUCUGGAGAUAGAGAUAUUGUUGUUGAAGAAUAUGGAGUUGGUUUAAGAAAGAUAAAAGAAAUACAUCCGAGUUUUAUGGCAAUGCAAUAUCCAAUAUUGUUUCCCUAUGGAGAGGAUUUUAAUCGAACAGAUAUUGAGUAUGUUGAUGCAGAUGAAACAAUUUCCAUGAAGCGAAAGUUUGUUACUUUUCGAGACACUCUUGCUUUUAGAUUACAACAAAGACAUGAAGAAGGUGAAACUGUGAUUCGUGGGGGACGUUUAUUUCAGCAAUUUUCUGUUGAUGGAUUCACAUUCAUGGAAGACGAAUUGUAUAAUGGUUUGAAGGGUGCAGUGGUUAGAGGAGACACCACACCAGCCUCACUUGGGCGACGAUUCAUACUACCAUCAAGCUUUACUGGUAGUCCAAGAUAUAUGGUGCAAUAUUACCAAGAUGCCAUGGCUAUCUGCAGGUGGACUGGAACGCCAGACAUCUUUUUGACAUUCACUUGCAAUCCUAAAUGGAAAGAGAUUAAAAAAUUCUUGGAUCUCAUCCCUGGACGAAAGCUGGAGGAUAGGCCAGAUAUUGCUGCUAUGGUUUUCAAAAUCAAAUUGGAUGAAUUGAUAAAUGACUUACGUACAGGAAAACACUUUGGAGAUGACACUGCUGUACAUGCUGGAUAUAAUGCAGUUGUCCAGUACAUGGUCCAUGGUCCAUACGGUGCUUACAACAAGAAUUCUCCAUGUAUGGACAAAGACAAAUGUACUAAGCACUAUCUCAAGAGUUUUCGAUCUCAAACAAUCGCAAAUGAAGAUGGAUUUCCUAUAUAUAAGAGAAGAGAUGACAGGCAAACUGCUUUGAAAAAUGGUGUAGAGGUAGACAAUAGAUGGAUAGUGCCGCACAAUGUUGACUUGGUAGUUAAAUAUGAUGCCCAUAUUAAUGUUGAGCAUUGCAACCAAGGUCGUUCAAUCAAGUAUUUAUUCAAGUAUAUUAACAGGGGUCAUGAUAGAGCGACGUUCACAAUUGAGGAAAAUGCAUCAACCAAUAAUGAAACGGGUGUGCCAUCAUUGACAGAAGUUGAUGAGAUAAAAAGAUAUUUGGAUUGUCGCUAUGUUUCAGCAUCAGAAGCAUGUUGGAGGAUUUUUAAAUUAGAUAUCCAGUAUCGUGAUCCUGCGGUGGAAAGAUUUUCUUUCCAUCUUUCUGGUGAGCAUAAUGUUAUUUUUGGUGAUAAUGAUUCAUUGGUUGAUAUCGUUAAUCGAGCAGGUGUAGAGAAAACUAUAUUCACUGAAUGGAUGCGAGCUAACCAAUUAUUUCAAGAUGCAAGGCAUUUAACAUAUGCGGAGUUUCCGAUGAAAUGGACAUGGAAGAAAGAUUUGAAACAAUGGAAAAGAAGAGGAAAUGGUAGAUGCAUUAGAAGGAUUUACUAUGCACAUUCCGCUUCAGGAGAAAGGUAUUAUCUUCGACUACUACUUAACAUUGUUAGAGGACCAACAAGCUUUGAAGAUAUAAGAACCAUUGAUGGGAUUCUGUACCCAACUUUCAAAGAAGCGAGUGCUGUAAUGGGGUUACUAGACAAUGAUGAUGAAUGGCAUGAAGCUAUAAAAGAAGCAUCACAGUGGGCUUCUGGACAUCAACUUAGACAGUUGUUUGUCACACUAAUACUAUUUUGUGAGGUUACAGAGCAUUUCACAUUGUGGAUUAGAAACUGGGAAAUUUUGUCAGAAGAUAUUUUAUAUUGA